UUCAGGGAGGGGGCGGCCAUCUCUGUCGCUGACGCUGGGUCUAGGAGCUGCAGGUCCCACCACUGCGAGGAGGAGGAGCGGGUAAAACAGGGCAACGAUGGGCGGCUCCCAGAGCACCGACAUCCCCAGUGGGGGCAACGACGGUUUCCACGUACACGGGAUCCAAGAUAAUUCUCCAGCCCAAAAAGCAGGCUUGGAACCUUAUUUUGAUUUCAUCCUUACCAUUGGAAAUACUAGGCUGAACAAGAAUAACGACACUUUUAAGGACCUGCUGAAAGCCAAUGCAGAGAAGCCAGUGAAGCUGGAGGUGUACAACAUGAAGGCUGCCAAGGUCCGGGAGGUGGAGGUUGUCCCGAGUAAUAUGUGGGGUGGCCAGGGUCUGCUGGGCGCCAGUGUCCGCUUCUGCAGCUUUGACGGAGCGCAUGAACACAUCUGGCAUGUGCUGGAUAUUGAACCAAACUCUCCAGCCGCCCUGGCAGGUCUUCAGCCUCACACUGACUACAUCGUUGGAGCAGAUCAAGUGAUGCAGGAGUCUGAAGAUUUUUACAGCUUGAUUGAGGCAUUCGAAGGAAAGCCCUUGAAACUACUGGUUUAUAACAGUGAGACGGAUACGACCAGAGAUGUAAUGGUUACGCCCAAUGGUGCCUGGGGAGGAGAAGGAAGCUUGGGUUGUGGCAUUGGAUACGGUUACUUGCACAGAAUCCCCAUCCAACCUGCUGUGCCGGAGAAGAAGAUAGAGAUUCCAGCACCUCCUGUGGCAAGUGCUGUGCCUGAGAGUCCAGAAAACGGAUACAAGGAGGCACCAUUAGUAGCCCCCAGCUCACCGACUGACAGAUCAACUGAGAGCCCAGGUUUGGAGCAUGGACUGGCUGACCUGACGGUGGAUACCUCUCUCUGUCCUCCUCCCAUACAUCGUGUCAUGGAUCCAGAAUUUCCACCUGGACCCAUGGAUGUUCCUGUAGCUCACGACGUGUCCAAGAUAUUGAACACGUCACUGUCCUCGUCUUCCUCGUCCUCAAACGUAGCAACUGAAAGCAACGCUGGAACUAAUGGGUUCCUCACCAACGAAGAACUUGAUCUUAAUUCUGAACAAGGUAGCGCAGUGACUCCUGAGGGUCUAACAUCUGUCAGUUCAGCGCCAAAUGCUGAUGCUUCAUCAGUACAAACAGAACCAGAUCAGGAUCUCUCAGAUACCACAGCUACUUCGCUUCCCAUCUCUGCUGAAAUGUCGCCAGACACCGACCAUACCGAGUCUCUACCAGAGGAUCAGAAGGAACACCCAUCGGAAGAGGAAGAUGCAACAUCUCACAAUCCCAAAUUGACCAGAGAUGAAGCAGGAGAGUCUUUGGGUUGAAGAGUCUACACGGACAAGGCACUGCAGCAAAUGAGACUUUCACGGUGGCUAAAUACUUUACCUGGGUUUUCUUUUAAAUGUGUCUCGCUGAUAACUAUUGCAUACAAAGCAAGCAGUUGUAUUUGGGCCUGUUUCUUUGCUUCUUGACUGAAGGAAAUGUAACGCUGACUAUUUCAUUACCUCUUUCACGGGAUGUCUGGAGUUACUUAUUCCACAGUACAAGAAGCAUGAGGAAAAUUCCACUGAUUAUUACUCCAACUGUUUACUAAAUCACAAUUCUGACAACAGGCCUCCCUUUUGCUAAAAGUGGCUAUCUUAUUUUUUUAUUACUCAGAAUUCUUUUAAAAAGAGAAACCAUGGUGAACGGAAGAUUGACUUGGGAAAGAAAUUAUUCAGAUUGAAAAAUAUUUUAAUUGUUUUGCUUUUCUGAUAUAUUUCUCCUCGGUGCAACAUUACCUUGUUGAUGCGAGAUUAGUGCAAUCAAAUUCCCGGAUGGAAAGGAAUUUUUGAGCGAUUGGAUAUGAUUAAAAUUAUCGGAAGCGUUCAGGGAACUUCAGAAAUAUAUCUGGUGACGACUUCUGAUCUUUUUGAUUAGAUUAAGUUGCUCAAUUUUAUUCUCCUUCAAGCUGAGUAGGGAAUUCAACACUAGCUUACUUAGAACAGAAUAAUGAUACUAUUUGAUGGAAACAUGGCAUAGAGUCUUACAGUAUGGAAACAGGCCCUUCAGCCCAUCUUGCCCACACCGGACAAUUUAUCCCAUCUACACUAGUCCCACUGACCCAUAUCCCUCUAAACCUAUCCUAUUCAUGUACCUGUCUAAAUGUUUCUUAAAAACGUUGCAAUAGUACCUGCCUCAACUACCUUCUCCGGCAGCUUGUUCCAUACACCCACCUGUGUAAAAAAAGUUGCCCCUUUUUGUUGAAAGUGGAAUGGGAAUACCAGCAAAAUGAUUGAGAUGGAAGUGUGCAUCCACAAAGGUGGAGUAAUUGUAAGUAUAAAAUGUAGAUCGGUAUUAGCAUUAGCAUUCACCCACAGUCUCAGGCUUUUUAAUGAAUUUUCUUUCAUAAUUAAUGUCAGAACUUCCCAAGGUUGCAGUUUUUCUCCAUUCCCAUUAGUAAACAGUGGACAAAUGAAAAACGUUAUUUUUAAAAUUGAAGUUCCGAACAAAAUAUCUUCCAAUGUUCCUCUGAACUAGUGAAGCCAAAUUAGCUCCUUGGGUAACACUCUCUGUCCCCUCCUCACAGUAAUGGAAUUAUAGGGAAGGAAUUGUACCUUUAUAACCUCUUUACAUGCUAGCUUUCUAUCAUUCAGCUUAAGGGACAUCACUGCUAUUCUGUUAACUGCUUGCCAUACCCCAGGCUACAAAGAAAUUGGCAAACAAUUUUGUUUUGUUUUGCUUUCUCCUACUAUGAAAAUAUAGUCAAUGCAAACCUUAUGAUUUUUCAGUAACAAUUUUCAUUCAUUUACUCUUUGCUUCACUGGGGCAACUGAAAGAUUGGCCAGUCUUCUCAUAGUUGUGUAUAAACUCUCUGAUCCUGGCCAGUACGAUAGUUAGGUCCUAUUCUGAUCUGCCUAAUGGCUCCCCACAAGUAUAUUCCAUCAGUAAUCACUGAAAACUUUUUUUUUUACUAUCCAAAAGGUGGCACAGUGGCGCAACAGUGGAGUUACUGCCUUACAGUGCCAGAGACCCGGGCUCAAUCCUGACAAUGAGUGCUGUAUGUACGGAGUUUGUACGUUCUCCCUGUGACCGCGUGGGUUUUCCCCACACUCUGGUUCUGGUUUCCUCCCACACUCCAAAGUAUGGGCUUGUAGGUUAAUUGGCUUUGGUAAGUUGUAAAAUUGACCCUAGUGUGUGUGGUUAGUAUACAGGGUGAUCGCUGGUUGGGACGAAAGCAGCAGGCCGAAGGGCCUGUUUCCGCGCUGUUUCUCUAAAGACUAAAGUCUGACACUUUCUUCGCUAUCUUCUGCCACAUUUAAGCCAAAGAUUAAACAGCCUACUGCUUUGAUUGAAAUCACAAACAUGAUUGUUUAAAUGUACAUAAUAUGCUUUUUACAGGGUUACUUCUGUAUUAUCUAAUUCUAAACCUGACAUAUGUAGCUGUUUUUCUGGACAAAUCAGCACUGUCCAAAAGUGUAGCAUCGAACAGAGCAUCAGCUUAUGUUUGAAUUUGGUGUCUGAUUACUACUUGUGCCAAUUAAUGAAGGGUUUGAAGAUGUUUUUAAUACUUUUCCCAAUAAUGCAGAAGGUACUGACUGAAACUGUAAUGGUGGCUAAUUCCACGUGUGGAUAGAAUUUACUGGUUAUGGCACGGGAUACGGUUAUAGCAAAUGUUCUAACCACUUAUAAUGCCAGUAAUUUUUCGGUCAACCUAUUUUGUAAGUAGUGCUUUCUUUUAAGUGGGAAUGUUUUUGUUUCCUUAAUCACUGAACAUCUUUUUUUUGUCUGAUUAAUACUUAAGUUAUGGUCUCGGUUUAAACAGGGCGUUUUUGAAUACACUAAGAGAUACAAAAAGAUCAUGUUUACAUAUUGUUGGGAAUAACUGAUCUGAUGUGCACUCAGUUUAGGCCAACGUCAUCUCACGUCAGAGUUUAGGCACAAGGAACUGCAAACGCUGGUUUAACAAAUAAGACACAGAGUGCUGGAGUAACUCAGCGGGUCAGGCAGCAUCUCUGGAGAGCAUGGAUAGGUGAUGUUUCAGGUCGGGAUCCUUCCAAAGCAUUGCCUAUCCAUGUUCUCUAGAGGUGCUGCCUCACCUGCCGAGUUACUCCAGCACUUUGCGCCUUUUCCACUACAGUUUGAUUAAUGCUCUGCAUUACAAAGAUGCAAAGAGACUUGACGUUUGUACAGUCUUUCCUGUCAAGGCUACCAUCUGCCAGUUUUAGGUUCUCCUAACCCUGCAUGGUGCCCCGUUAUCUUAUGUUUAUUUGUAUAUCCUAUCGAGAAUACCAGGGACACAGCUUAAGUUAAAUGAAACACUUGCAAAUAGAAGAAAUACAGGAAGAGUUUGACCAGCAGUUACAUUCACAAUGUGUUCACCACAGCUCCUUUUCAAGAGGUCAUUUCUUGUUUCUCUAAAAGUUUUAUGGUAUUAGCAGAUUUGACUCUUAUGCCAAUUGAUGGAUGUUUAAAAAAUAUAUAUAAUCAUGCAUAAAAUGCAUAGUUCACAAAAUGCUUGAUCUUCAGGUGAAUCUUUAAUUGUUUGAAUGAUUCUUAUAAAGUAAAUGUUAGCACAAGCUUUCAAUUAGCAGAUAAAAUGUUCUGGUUUCCUAGUCCCCAUUGAGACUCUAAAUAUUCUCCUUAUAUCAGCAUUUUGACAGUUUUGCAAUCACGUUGCCAUAAUAACUUGACACUCAUCGUUGCACCUAUCCGCAUUGGAAGGAGAUAAUAGAUGGCCAGGUGGUAAAUACUUUUCCAAUAGAUACCACCAAUGAUAUGUACACAUUCACUCCCUAUGUUAAGUGAGACCUCUUCCGUUAAAACUCCAGCAUUAAAUUUGAUUGUGGCCCUGUCUAAUUUCCACACUUUUAAGUAUUUUUAUGUGGGUGGGUAUAGCUUUUCGUAUAAUCCGAAUAUAAAUGAAAUAUUGUAGUGGCAACAAGGAGUUAUUGAAAAGGUGAAUGUUAAAGGGUAUUACAUUCUUUUGACAAAAAAAAAUAAUAUAUGGUUUUAUGUUGAAUGAUGGGUUAACAAAUGAUGUAUUUUUGAAAGCAUUAAAAUUUUUAAGGUGCGUGCA